AUGGGUCAUCAUAAUCAUCACCUCUGGUUCCUGUUGGUUUGUAUCUUGCUUCCACAAAACUGCCACUCAUGGGGUUGGUCUUUUUCUUCCAAAGAGGCUCCAUCGACGGAUUACCCUUCAGAGAACAUGGUAAUUUCUGGUGAUGUAGUUGCUGAAUUCUCUAUGGAACCUCUCAGCAACCAGAAGGGAAUGAAGCACUCGGAAGAAAUAUAUACUCAAUCCAAAGGAAUUGCAGUUUCUCAGUCAGAAUUGCGGGAAGGACAAGAAAAAAUGAGGGAAAAGUUGCAGGAAGGGAUGGCAAUGCUUCAUGAUUCAUAUGAUAAUUUGGGACAAGAAAUUACUAACUUAAAGAAUGAAGCAGUAGAAAUAGAGAAGGAGAUCAAUAAAGUUGGAGAUGCAAUGUCUUCGAAGAUGGAAAGUCUGCAAACCAAAGCUGAUGAUAUCGGGAAUAUGGCAGGAAUAUCCUUAGACAAGCAAAAACAACUCCUUGAUGGGCAGUCUCUAGGUCUUGAGGGUGUUCAUUAUUUAACUAAAUUCCAGUCCCAAGCACUCGAAGAGAGCAGGGGUACUCUACAACAGUUAGCUGAAUUUGGGCAUAAACAAGAAGAAGAACUUCUUCGACGGCAAGAACAACUUAAACAAGCUCAUGAUCGUCUGGUUGAAAAUUCAAAGACAAUAUUGGAAGCUCAGGAAGCUUUUGAAUCAAAGCAAGCAAGCAUGUUCAUUGCCAUAGACAAGCUCUUUGCCUUGCAUAAUGCUAUGCUCCUUGAAUCACGACUAAUUAAAACUUUCUUUGCCUACUCAAUAUUUAUCUUUGUGCUCUACAUGUUCACCAGUACAAAACAAACACACACUGUGAGACCAAGGCUCUAUAUAGGGUUAUGUGUUGCAUUCUUGAUUGAAUUCACUAUACUGCGGUACAGCACAAAUGAUAUCGAAGAAGAAGCAUGGAUAAUAAGUAUCGUUAGAUCAUUCUUUGUGCUUCUUGCCUCAAUCCAACUUCUAUAUGCCAUUUGUACAUACAGAGACUAUGAAAUAUUGAACCACCAGAUGCUAGCUACACUGAUUGAGAAAGUCAAUGGCAUGCAAAGAAACAAAAAGUCAUCGCGGGACAUGAACAGUGAGGUGAACUGGUCUUCGUGGGUUGACACUGAGCUACCAGAAGAUGUAGACAAAUUACAAGACCCAGACUUUACCCUUCCAGAGGAAGUAGGAGAGAAUUCGGUUGCAACCUCCACAAUUACAAGAAAAUACAAUCUUCGGAAUCGAUCUCAUCGUGUCUAG